CUUAGCAGAGUGUUUGCGACAAGGAUUUUUUUUAACGUUGAUUUGGGCUUAUAUUCGCUAUAAGACGGUAAUGUUUUGAAUGAGGCGUCCCCUGGUUACCCGAGAACUGCAGAGAUCGAUCAUGUGACAGUAUACCAUAUAACCUACUUUUCACUUCCUGGUGUUUGAAUGGAACGAAUUCCAUAUGAUGAUAACUUGUGUUUCCAGAUUUGCCAAAACAGCCUCAAGGAUAUUUGCAGUAACUGUCAACAGAGGAUUCUUGAAGUUUAAAUGCAGUAGAUUUCAGAAUGACAAAGACAGUAACACUUGGAGUGGAAACUUUCAACUAAUUUAAUUUAAAAUAAAUAACAAUAUACUGUGUAUCAUGAAAGAGCAAUCAGCAGUGCAGGAUUAUGGUUUUUAAAAACAUUCUGACCUUUGUGAAAUGGCUGCAUAUUUGACAACCGACUGGACAUUGGCUUUUUUGAAGAAGCGAAUUUUGUUCAGCACAGCUUUCUUAAUCAGAAUUGUUCUGGUGUUCUAUGGAGUCUACCAGGACAAAACAAUGUUGGUCAAAUACACAGAUAUCGACUAUCACGUUUUCACUGACGCAUCAAGAUUUAUUACCCAGGGAUCUUCCCCAUAUAAAAGAGCCACAUACCGUUACACCCCUUUGCUGGCAUGGAUCCUAAUUCCCAACAUCUACCUCACAGCCCUCUUUGGGAAGCUGUUAUUUGUAAUCUGUGAUGUCAUCUCCGCUUACCUCAUGUACAGUAUCCUGCAUUUCAGGGGAAUGGGCAAUGACAAGGCAUGCCGGUACUGUGCACUGUGGCUCCUUAAUCCCUUGCCGAUAGCUGUAUCCAGCCGAGGGAAUGCAGAGUCUGUUUUGGUAGUCCUGGUGGUUGCUACAUUGUAUUACAUGGAAAGUAGAAGUCUGGUGAAAGCAGCUGUGUGCUAUGGUCUAUCUGUGCACAUGAAGAUUUAUCCAGUGACAUAUGCACUACCGAUAGCCCUUUCUCUUCAGACACUAAAGGAUCCAGAAACAGAAGCACUGGGGAACAAAGCCAGCCCUCCAUUGUCGAAAAGAAUUCACAAGAUUUUCUCAAGACUGCUAAACAGAGACUUGCUGGUCUUUGCUGUCACAGCUGGGGGAACGUUUUCUGCGCUCAGCCUCAUUUUCUAUUCCAUGUAUGGCUGGGAAUUUCUGGAACACACUUACUUGUAUCAUCUGACUAGGAGAGAUAUCCGUCACAACUUCUCUGCUUACUUCUACAUGCUGUAUUUGACUGCGGAAAGUGAGUGGAGCCUUGCCCUGGGACUGGCUGCAUUCCUGCCACAGCUUCUGCUGCUUCUUCUCACAUCCUUCGCCUAUUACAAAGAUUUGACCUUUUGCUGCUUCCUACACACUGCGGUUUUUGUCAGCUUUAACAAAGUUUGCACUUCACAGUACUUCCUAUGGUAUCUUUGUUUGCUGCCGCUGGUGUUGCCCUCCCUGACACUGUCAUUGAAACAAGGACUAGGGCUCCUCUUCCUGUGGUUUGCUGCACAGGGACUGUGGUUGGCACCUGCAUACUACUUGGAGUUUGAAGGACACAAUACUUUUCUACUCAUCUGGCUGGCAGGAUUGUUCUUUCUGUUCAUCAACUCCCUUAUUCUUGUACAGAUAAUCUCUCAUUACAAACAAUGGAAUGCUCUGCAAAAAACAAAAAGUGUCUAAUAAAAAUAGACAUGUGACAGAGAAAUUAGCAGUGCUGGAUGAUAUUUAGAAAAACCUAAAAAAUAGUAAAUAAUGUAUUUGUUGUACUUAUUCUUCAGCUAGUAUACUUAAGUGCAAAUAUGUAUUUUGUUAUCAGCGGCAAAAUACCAAAGACUUCAGAUAGAUUACACCGUGUAAUAAUUUUUUUUUUUUUUUUUUUGUUCCUGGGUAGUAAGUGUUAUUUCCUA